ACCGGAACAGCUUGAGUUAUUUACAUCCGGUUAGAAAGAACGCGCAUGAAGAAGGAGAAAGCGAACUGCAUCGAACUACAGUUUUGUAAACGACUAGGAUUUUCACCACCAAAAUGUCUCGACUAAAUGUGUUCAAGGAUUUUCUCAAUGAGCGAUUAACAACGUCAGCUUUGGAGAUAUUCGCGACCGCUGAAAAAUCGUUUGCCGAGUUCGAAGAGGAGAUUUAUCGUUCAAAGGAGGAGAGCACGCGACUACAACGCUUGUCGGACAUUUUUACUCAACCUGAGAUCAAGCUUCACCGAACAGAUGUGCAGCAGCUCUUUCUCCCGGAACCCCAACAGAUUAAAGAGGAACAGGAGCUGUGGACCAGUCAGGAGGAAGAGCAGCUCCAAGGACUGCAGUCUGAAACUACACACUCCAUGUUCACUUCUCCCAGUGUGAAACACGACUGGGAUCAGGAAGGCUUUUCUGAAUGUUCACAUCUUGACCAAACUGUUAAAUUGGAGAACAGAGAAGGAGACUCUCUACCCAGCAACACAACUGAGGAGCAAAUCAAAGCAGAGCCUGAGGGACAAGACUAUGCAGCACCAGAACCAGGCAGUGACUCUCAGCCCCUCUCUGUUGUAGCUCCAGACUGUCCUACAGCUCAGAGUUUGGAGGAGGAAGAACAUGAAGGAGCGCUGCUUCUUCUGAACAGGACACAAGACAAUGAGGCUCUGCCAAGGGAACAUAUGCCACAGAGGCGUCACACAGGAAAAACAAUACAUCAGUGUCAACAAUGUAACAAAACUUUUAGUAGAAAAGGUGCUUUGGUUUUUCAUAUGAGGACACACACAGGAGUGAAACCUUAUCAAUGUCAGGAAUGUAGCAAACCCUUUUCUCAAAAUAGUUCUUUGAUAAAACACAUGAGGACACACAGGAGAGAAACCGUAUCAGUGUCAACAAUGUAACGGACCAUAUUACAUUAGUUUAAAUCAGGGCGGGGUUGACCUUGUUGCUAUGGAUGAUGUCAACAAGCUUUGGUUACAGUGAUUGGCUGAGGGGGAUGGAUCUCAGUCAAUAAUUUCCUCCUAGAAAUAUUGUAUAACAAGUUAUUAUGUUGCGAUAUGUAAAGUUUUAGAAAUUAAAAUUUUCAAAUGAAGAUGUUCAAUUGUAUAGCUAAAACACAUAAAGGCAGCUGUAUGAAUUGUGGGGUCUGCAUAGGAAAUAUUGUUUGAUGCAUUGUUAUGUGUUCUGCUGAUGGAUGGCUGAGGUAUACCUAGUUCUUCUGCGCUGCAUAGCUGCAGUUUCCCUGUGGCCAAGUAGUGUAGAGUUGUCAACCUUGAUCUCCAAGGUUACUGGGUUGUUUCUGUAAGUGACUAUCCCUGAUAACUCUACUACAAUAAUAAAACUGACGAUACCUUAUUUGCA